AUGAAGCUUAAAACACGAGGAUUAAGGAUUGAUCCUUACCUUCCAGAGAUCAAACCUGAGGUGGUCGGAAUCUCGCUGGGAAUGUUUCGAUCUUUAGGUCCUUGGAUCUCACAAACCGCAGUGAAUUGGAGGAAGCAAACCUCGGAUUUGGGUUUAGGGGGUUUGGAUUUGUGGGAAAAGGUGGGCGGUGUGAUUGAAAACUCACCGGAAUUAAGUUUUCCGACCAGCCACUGUGGUCAUCGGAAACCAUCAAUGCCAGCGGUGCGUUCGAUGGCCAUUGGCCCUGAUUUUUGGAGGAAAGGUAGACCAGGAGACAGUGAAUGGAUGGGACAGGUAGUGAGGCAAAUGGAUUCUGGGAUAGGAAGAAAUCUGGACAGCGUAUCAAUUCCUCUUACACCAUUAUCUCCUCUUCAUCUCGUCAGCAUCCUUCGUCUUUGUUUCACCCUCUUCCAAUUCCUUGCCUCCCUCACCAAUCCUCCAUUUUACUGCAACUCAAAAGAGAAUUCAGCCCCAUUUACGAUCUUAGAGAUUGGAAGGCAGGCAGUGAUUGUUGUUUAUGGGAUGGGGUCUCAUGCAACAUGGAAACAGGUUAUGUUGUUGGCCUUGACUAACUACAGCCUUCAUGGUCCUCUGCGUUCGAACAGCAGCCUUUCAGAUAUCACUGGUUCUCUUCUGGAAUUUCAUUCUGACAGCAACCUCACGUCGUUGACACUUCGCAAUGCAAAAUUUGCAAGGAAAAUACCAAAUUCAAUCGGGCCUGUUCCUUAUUCCAUUGGAAACCUUUCUCAACUCUCAUAUCUUUCCCUGUCAGGCAAUUUUUUUAGUGGUCAGCUUCCAUCUACACUUGGCAACCUUGCAAAAAUCCAGGAACUUCACCUCGGAGGAAAUGAAUUUACUGGGGCCGCUUGUUGUUAUCCAAUGUCUACCAGGUUUUUGUUCAUAUCAAAUAACAGCUUGACUGGAAGAAUUGAUCCCUUGUUCUGCAAAUUAAGGGAUCUUGAAGUACUUGAUGCAUCAAAUAACCAUCUGGAUGGUACUAUUCCUCAAUGUUUGGAAAACUUGGAUGGUUCUCUUAGGGUGCUCAAUCUUCAAAGAAACAGCUUCCUUGGGAAUAUUCCUCAAAUCUACAGAGAUAGAAGCACAUUAAUGACAUUGGACUUGAGUCACAACCAACUAUAUGGAAAUAUUCCAAAGUCGUUUGUCAAAUGCAAAAACUUAGACAUUUUAAAUCUCGGACACAAUCAACUAAGUGAUACAUUCCCGUUUUGGUUGCAAGAUUUGCAGAGGCUUCCAGUUCUAGUAUUAAGCUCCAAUAAAUUUCGUGGCGCAAUAUGGUGUCCUCGUGAUUUUUUUGGCUUUAUGACAUUGAAAACCUUUGAUCUUUCUCAUAAUGGUUUUAUCGGAAACUUACCUUUGGAAUAUUUUAGAAAUUGGACUUCCAUGAGUUCUAAAGUUUCCAAAAUGGGAUUUGAGUUAGAUGCAUUAUACAAUGAAAAAGGGACCUAUAAUGAUUCGGUGAAGAAAAUAUGUAAGGGACAAGAAAUGGAGUUGGUCAAGACUCUAACAGACUUCAUAUCAAUUGAUCUCUUUAACAAUAAAUUAGAUGGAGAAAUUCCAAGUACGUUAUGGCGUCUCAGAUCUCUAGUUAUGCUGAAUUUGUCAAGCAACAGUUUUGGUGGACUCAUCCCAUCAUCUUUAGGAAAUCUAAAAGAGCUUGAAUCAUUGUACCUGUCUAAUAAUAAGCUCUUUGGUAAAAUCCCUCAGCAAUUGACAGCCCUCACUUUUUUGGCAUAUUUAAACUUGUCUCACAAUCAACUUGUGGGUCAAAUACCACAAGGUGGACAGGUUUCUACAUUUCAAGAUUCUUCUUUGGAGGGUAACAUGAGAUUGUGUGGUCUUCCAUUGUCUAGAAAAUGUGAAAGCCCUCACUUGCCAGCUUCUGAUGGUGUCAACAAUAAUGAGAAAUCAGAUUCCAUAUUUAGUUUUGGAUGGAAAGCUGUAGUGGUGGGAUAUGGAUGUGGACUACUAAUUGGAAUGGUGGCUGGACAUGUGGUCACCUCAAGGAGGCCGGAUUUGAUUUCCAAAGUUUUUUGGGGGAACCAGUUUGCUACAUUUGAAACAAGUUCAUAUGAUGGGAACUUGGGGUUACGUGGUUAUCCAGUAGCAGCAAAAUGUGGGAGUUAUGUGGCCUUAAAAUCACCACCACCAGCUUCUCAAGAAUCAUGGUUUCAUUUUGCAUUUGUUUGGGUGACAUUUUUGCCAGGAUGUUUUAGUGGGCUGGUAGUUGGAAUUGUUGCUGGGAAUAAUGUUGUACUUGAAGAAGCAAUUUUGGUUUAUGGAGAUUUUGCACCUGUGGGAAGGGAAAAGGAUAUUUAUAAGGAGGAGGACGUGAGGGUUUAG